AUCACGACACUCCUCCCAAUCUUCUCUCCGCAAGCAGUAAAAACUGCCACAUGACCUGUCUAGUGGAAGGAAGUAGCAAUUUUGCUAGCAGCAGUAACAGCGCGAGAAUCCCCGUAAACAACAGAAAAUAGUCACUCGCCCUCCCGCGAUCCAAUUCUAUCCCGGUUGAACAAUAAGGGAAUAUAGAUCAAACAACAUGUAUUUCAAACUUUUCUUCGUGUCACUAGUUAUGGUUGGUGCAACAACAGCUGCCGACGCAGACCAAUGUCUUGACUUGGACUGCCAGGCCUGUGGAAACCUGGCUGGGUGUCAGUGGAUGAAUUGCACAUUCAAAGAUACUCCCGGUGUCAGCAAUGUUUCCUGUGUGAAUGCGACCAGCAACCCGGAGAUGUGCUUAAACUCCACCUGUGCAGUCCCUGAACCUACCCUUGCCCCGACCGCCCUCGCAACCAGCCCCCCUGCUACUAUUGCUCCUAGCCCCACCCCGGCCGGCAACAGCACUAACAGCAGCACCGUGGCUCCCACCACAGCUGCUGCCAACAUCUCCACGGCAGCUCCGACCACCGCCCCAAACGCCACCGUCCCCAUCCCCAUCUCCACGGCCCUACCCUCCAAUGUCACAGCAGCACCAGUGACCCCCACUUCUGGCCCACAUAAGGACUCGACGUUCGACGCGGCGAGCUUCAUCGGGGGGAUCGUCCUGGUCCUGGGCCUCCAGGCUGUCAUUUUCUUCAUCUACAAGUUCUGCAAGUCUAAGGACCGCAACUACCACACCCUGUGAAGCAGCGCACCUGACCCCCCUCGACUAGCCCCCCCAUGUGCCAUCUAGAGCCUCCUAAUAAACCCCCUACACCCACCCAGCAUGCAUCUCUCCCCAACCCCAAACAAACAGUGUUUCCAAGUCAUCUGUCUUUAAACCCUCACCACUAUUGCCAUUGUGGCAUUGAGCUACCUGUAUUAGUUUGUGCUUGAGGCCUGCUACCUUCCUCUACUUUUCUAUCCUGAUAGGCACUCACACGCACCUGGGUUAUGGAUUACAUACUGGUCACAAAAACCACAACAGUGGCAUAUUCAAGUACAGAUGACAUCAUGUUGCCCCCCCCCCCGUGCUGUCUUCCCUCCUCCUACCCCAUCAUGUGGUUAGUCAUACUGUCAAACUCUCUUUACUUUGUGCUGACUGGAGGAAAACAGCUUAAUUUACAGCUAUACCCCCCUCCCUCCUGUACCCCAUAGCUUCAUUUAUUUGAAUGUUUCACCCGCCUGUCACUUACAGAAACAUUUCAGUUGGCUAUAAAAUCAAGCCAACCUUUCUGUUGGGUGCAUAAUGUUGCCACAGCGUUCAGAGUGCCAACCAAACGUCCAUGCAAUUUUUCUGAUAAUGUCUUGGAAACACUGUUUGUGUGAGUCACUGUCGCCACCCCUGUCCUCAACUACUGUGUGUUUCUCACAGGCGACUGUGGAUGGUGGAGCAUGGCUUCUAUUCUGGUUGAAGUCUAUAAACAGAUUGUGUUAGACUCUCCAUUGGGCACACCGUUGUACAUUUGACUCAGUUGACUUGCCAGGGAUCGCAAUGGCCCUUGACCUGCACGCGACAACAGCACAUGCCAACUGUCAAAUGAGUAGCUCAAAGCAAUAAACCAUGUUGACACCCAACACCCCCAAACCCCCCCCCCCCCUUGUCUCAUCGACAGGAAGUAGGUCACCACAGCAUCAGCCAAGUUCAGGCAUGAUCGAUGGGUUCGCGGGGUCAAGAUGAAAGAGAAGUCUAAAUGAUUAAGUUUAAAAGUAUAAUUCUACAUGUGUCACUAAGAGAAAGAGGAGAGAGAUCAGAACAGUGUGGACAAUGAUAGCAGCAAAGUGCCUUUAAUGUGAAGUAAAAGUGACCGUGAUAGGAUAGGAUGAAGAUGAUGCUCCGCCUCCUCCUGGCUGAGGCCGUUGUCAUUGGUGGAUGCAGAUGUACACGGUGACGGUAUCGCAGUGCUGAUAUUGGUAUUGGAGCUCAGAGAGAAACCCUAGUUACCCAGCUGGACUGAAUAGCCUUUUAUUACUGAAGAGUUGAAGAUACAGUAGUCUUUUAUUGAAUGAAGACUUGGUCUUGAUGAAUGGAAACUGAUUUAUAAGUUAGGCCCACCGCCCCUUUGGAGAGAAUGAAAGAUAGUGUUUCAUGGCCCCCAGAGAAGUAGUGUGAGUUUCAUUGUGUGGUUUUACAUCGGAUUGACCCACCCCGUUUCAGACUUGGAGAGCUGCUCUUAAAUUAUUGUGUCUGGAUUCACUAUUUUCUUCCCCUUUUUGUGUUAUUUCCCCAUGGGCAGUAGCCUCCUUGCGAGUUUUUCAGUCUCUCAGGCUGACUGGAUUGCAACAACAAAACAAUGGUUAUCUGUCAGAACAUCAACAUGGUUUGGCUUACAAGUCGAGUGUUUUGAUUAGCUUGCUGCUAACAGUGAGAUGUUGUCCCCUACCCACCUCAUCGUCCAUAGAACUGCCCUGUUCUGGCCUUCUGUUACCUCGAAGAUCCAAUUGUGUUGAAGUUGAAUGGUAUUGAAGUUGAAGAGUUCCAGGUUGCUUUGAAUUUCUUGUUAGUAUUGGUUUGUGGUGGCUUGCCAGGGAUGAGACUUCUUCCUUUUCUUUGUUCUGACUUCUUUUUUUCCCUUCUUUUCUCUAAUAUUGCAUGUCAGAUGCGUGAAAUUCUAGCGGAUUAUUUAGUUUUCUGUUGGUGCAUGUUCUUUCUCUUGGCUGAAGACGUGAAAGAACCACUUGAUUUACUUCUCUAUUAGCCAGUAUGCUACAGCAGAACAUGUCUCCGUAAUGUGGUUUGAAGCCAAAGUCAGCAGUCCUGGUCUGAAACAUGGUGCAUUGCACUGACUAAGCUGUUGUAUUGUACUAUUCUUUGCCUUGUCUUAUUGUUUUAAUAUUGCUGCCAAAAUUCUAGUCAAUUACACAAAUGCUUGUCACGUAAUUUUGUGAAAUAUUUGCCAAAUGAUGGAAGGAUAAAAACUAAAAACGAAUGACCUUGAUAUUUUUGUUCUGUGUUAUGAUAACUAUGAACGCGCUCAAGUGCAAGUCAUCCAGUAAGUGCAUGUCUUCUUUGGCCUUCGUCAGGCUCAGACUCUGGAUCACCAUCAUCACGCCUAUUUAAGAUCCACCUCCAGUCACCUGAUGUUGUUAGGCUACGUGCCAAAGAACACCCCCUCACCGCCACCGGAAAGUUUAAGAACCAGUUUAUAUUUGUCUCAGAGCCAUCUGCUUCUAUUCUCAAACGAUAAACAUCGUCUCCUCCUUUCAAAGGGAAGGAAUAGGUUAAACGCAUCAGCGGUGGAUAACUGCUUUGGGCUCUCCCUCCUUUCCACCCCAACUUUUAACCAAUUAACUGCUGCAUUCCUCCGGCCCCGGCGGUAAGAUGUGGAUAGCAUUAUCUGCGUUGCCAUCCCAAAACAACCCCAGUGUCCAUAGCAACAGGUACAAUUACUCCUUUUUUCCCCACUCUUACAGAGAGUUAAGCCACAACCCCUCCUUGCACCUCUUGAAGAAAAGUGCCUUACUCAGUUGAACAUGUAUACGAAGGGUUUUUAUUUGUUGACUGGUGUUAUCACAUCCACUAAAUAUCAAAGGGAUUUGGCACUUUCUGAACCCCUUGUUGAGAGUGAAGUCGGUAGAUGUUUUCUGUAACUGAAAGCUGCUUUGAAUGUCUUUCUUUUAUUCUUGCAACCACCAUUUCAGUAUCCCACACUACAUUUUGGGGGAAUGACCUAACAAGAGCCACAGAAGUAUAGGGUUGCUACCUAACUGGUCACACACUGGCAACAAACGUUUCAUGAUGACUCGACCUGCAUUCCUACCCAGAGUGGAUUCUACAUCCUAGCCUGGAACGUAGCGGUCUCUAAACACUUGGUGCCAGCAAGAUCCACCUGUCAACAUCUGGUGUUUUCUUGACUGUAGAUGCAUCUUUACGGCUCUGUCAUUAGUCCCUUACCUGUGAAACUGACGGUGUCUAAAAAGCCUUUUAAAUUCCCUUGCCUUGCUCUCUCACCAUGUGCACAUAUACAGUACAGUCAUGACAUGUCCUGUCUGAUAAAAGCCCAUUACUCGUCUGAUUGCUAUCAUUUCCUAGCCUUGUUUUGGACACAGACACAGGUUAUGUAGAUAUGCCGAUGCCACAGAUCUCACUAUGCUAAUGUUUUAUGCUUGUUUUAUGUGGCCCUUUUCUCUGGAAUUUUGUUGAUGUUUUUUUUGUUUUUUUUUCUAGUUUUGCAAUUAGUUUGAAGAUGUUAAAACAAUAAAGUUGUAAUAAUGUUA